AUGGCUAUGUCGGCGUCCGUACUGUCUGCGCUUCCUUCGCCUGACGAGGAAAAGACCUUCCGCUUUGGCGCGUUCCCGGUUCAGGAUGCCGAGGAGAAGGCCCGUCCGCGCUACGUACGGCAGCUGAGCGACAACGAGGUUGCGUACUUCCUACCGUCGCGCGCUGACGGUGUGAACGACAUGUGCAUCCAGCUCCGAGUUAGGGCUCCGCUUCGACUGAUGCAUCGCGAGCGAGUAUCCCUUGUCUGGGCGAUCCUCCGUAUGCGGCACCCAUUGCUCGCUUCGAGGAUCGAGAUGCAUGAUUACGAUGACAUUCGCUUGAUCUACGAGCCGCCGACUUCGCCGGACGACGCCGUUCGGGAUGCCGAAGAGCGUAUGGGAUGGGGAUACGGGACGAUGGAUGAGGUCAUUGACAGUUGCCUCAAUGGUCCCCGCGUUCUCGCUAGUGAUCGUGUCUCGUAUCUGUCGGUCUCUCGUGCCCCUACACAGGAGCCGUAUCCUUCUCCGCCUCAGACGCCCUCGCUCUCAUCAGUCGGUCAGAGUGCAUUUCAAGCCGUGGGGGUUGAGAAGCAUGAGUUUCAGGUGCUCUUGACUGCCUUGCACUGUCUGGGCGAUGGUAUGGCCAUGCACACCAUGGCAAAUGACUUCUUCUCUAUGGUCGGGGGCAGCAUGUCGGAUAACGAGCUGCGCGCUUACAUGGCCGCCGAGUGGGAGAAGCGUGUCGAGCAACCGAUGGCAAAUGGGGCCGACCUCCUGCCGCCGUGUCUCGAAGACAGUCUCCCCGAAGAUAAGGGCAAGAUCACACGCGCAGCAGCACGUGUGGACUAUGACCGAGUACUGGCAAAGCAGAUUGGCGGACACACACUUCCGAGGCGGCAAAACCCAAGUCGUCACAUUGCCAUCGGGAAGCACACAUUCGACGCGGACAUGACGAAGUCGAUGCUCAAGAAGUGCAAGUUGCAGAAUGUAUCCUUUGCGGGCGCGAUGUUUGCGGCCUGCAACAUUUCUUGGGCGCGCAUGACCUCGCGUGAGCAACAGGCGCUACCUUUGAUGAUCUACUCCGCGAUGAAUGUGCGGCCAUUCCUACGCCCGCGAGCCCACGACUCCUACAUGUUCCUCGCGCUCGGCUACUUCAACAUCGUACUUCCCAGCUUCAUCGGGCAAGACGAGGCCAAGACGUUCUGGCAUCGCGCGCGCUCCGUCAAGGAUCAGAUCAGCAAGGCGCAGAAGACCCCCAUGCUCAUCCCACGCAUCCGCGAGAUGACGCGCCGACGUGCCGCGCAGAGUCGGAUUUGGGGCCGCGAGGACGAUGAGAAGGAAGCGGGAAACUGGGUUCCUCCACCAUCGAGGCCCGUCUCGAACGCACCUGCACCUCCACGCGCACCCUCUACUGUCCUCUGCGGCCUAUCGAUGCUGGGCAACCUCGACACAAUGUACACGUACGGCCAGUACCCCGAUAUUGAGGUUGUGGCGCUAAACAACGGUCCACGUCUCCGCGGCAAUGGGGCGCUCAUGUUUGCGUACACAUUCCUCGGGAAGACCACCGUGCACUUUUACUAUGAUGAGGGUGCUAUCGAGCCCAAGGCUCUCACGACCUUCUGGGAUGGAAUGUUGAGUGCCGUGCAGGAGUUCAUGGCGUAG